CAAGUUUACAAACUCUUUUUAAAGAAAAUUUAUGCUAACUUCAGCCAAAAAUCAACUAACAAUGUAAAUGAGACGGUUCAUAAAACGGGACGUUUAUGACCGAAAGUCUUCAACUUUAGUUGGUUAUACGUAUAUAACCAAUUCUAUCGUAAAGAUAUCUAGAAUGUGUAGUUGAGGGCCCCGGUGAAUCGUUCAGCCCUCUUUUUUCUUGCAGCGUCAGGAAAAAUUUUUAGGGUCUAACUGUGACUCGGCAUUUUUUACCCGUUCUGACCAAUUGACGUUCAGGGCGGGAAACUAUAAAAGUGGUCUGUUUUUGGAGAAGUGGACACAUUCGUUCCUUUGCUUCAAAGUAGAGAACAAUGAAUUCUUUAAAACUUUUAACUUGCAUAUGGCUGCUAACUUUCAUUGCUGUUGGACUGAUUGAUGCUUCAGAUGACUGCUUUGAAAGAUAUGAAGGCUGGUAUCUAGAACAGGGAAAUGUUGAAGAGCGCUUCGAAAAGAAUGCUCAUGAUUGUAAAGUUGCUUGUUUGAAUGCAAACUACAAAUGCGCAUCUGUUCAAUAUGAUAGAUCGACUGGACUAUGUUCCCUUUCGUUGGAAACUAAAGAUACUAGGCCUCUUUACUACAAAAGUAGUCACAACUACAUUUAUUGGCAAAGAAGAUCUGAUUGCCAUGCGAAUUGCUACAUAAAGUCUUUGAAGGGAGGACAUCUGCUUCAAGCUAAAAGAAAGAUAAUAAAGAAUAGAACUUUCCUAGAAUGCCAAGAAGCUUGCUUUUUGGCCAAAGAUUUUAAUUGUAAAGCGGCCAGUUACGACAGUAAGCAUAAUAUAUGCUAUCUGAGCGAAAAAACAAGAGAUUCACCCAAUUCUCCAUUCAAAAUUAAUGUUGAAAAUCUUUGGUAUUUUGAAAAAGUUUGCCAUUCGUAUCCAUGCUAUGAAGCAUACGAUAACAUAAAAUUAAACAUCCACGAAAGUACCAGCCUACCAUCCUUAUCGUUGGAGAAUUGUUUGGAAACUUGCCUACAGAAUAGAAAUUGUCAUUCAGUUCAAUACAAUAAAUUUCUUAAAAUCUGUUAUUUAAGUAAAGAAAUAAGAAGCGAAAGUCCAAAGAAGAAUUACAUCAAACAUCAGAACUAUAUUUACUUUGAGAAAAAUAAACAUUGUUUGUCAAAUUGCAAAUUGAAUAGAUACGAUAAUAGAUACCUUGAUGGUAGCUAUGCAAAGAAGUAUGACGAUAUAAAAUCAGAUUUGGAGUGUUUAAAAUUAUGCCUUACAUUUGGAGGAAAAUGCAGUUAUUGUAAAUCUAUACAAUACGAUAAAAAAUCAGAAAUAUGCUAUUUGUCUGAGGAAACCCACAUAACCAAGAAAGAUGAAUUUAAAUCAAACAAGAACUUUGUUUAUUGGUACAGAAAUCACGAAUGCGAUUCUAAUUGCUAUUACGAAUAUUCAAUGGGAAAGUAUUUAUCAGGCUACAGUAAUAGAAUUUUAAAAAAGCAUACCAUUCUACAAUGUAUGGAGGCUUGUUAUACAAUUGACGAAUUUCAUUGUAAAUCAUUCGAUUACGAUAGUAAAUUGAAGCAAUGUAAAUUAAGUUCAGAAUCAAAAUUCACUAAACACGAAAGCUUUAAAGAUCAUAAAGUGUUUGGCCAUUAUCACAAAAUCUGCAAAAGUAACUAUCCGUGUUUUAAAACUUACGCAAAUAGAUAUAUGGAUGAUGAUUUUUACACAUACACUGACAAGACUGAAGACGAAUGCGUAAAACAAUGUAUAAUUGGAGAAGUACCUUGCAAAUCUGUCUCGUAUAAUAAAAAAACAAAGACUUGUUAUCUAUCAAGAAAAACGAAAGACUCUCAUCCAAAAUUCUACAAAGAUAAUGAUUAUUACAAUUACUUUGAAAAGGAAGAUUAUUGUCAACCAGAAUGUAUUGCCAUACCAUUCCCUGGAUAUUUCUUAUCAUCCCACCAAAUUGAUUCAUUAAAAACAAAGUCGGAAAUAGAAUGCGUUAAAACUUGUUUGAAAACUAAACCAUUUGGUUCCUGCAUUUCGGUAGAUUGGGAUUACAAAACGAAACAAUGCAAUUUACACGAUGAAACAAGAAUUUCUAAGUAUUCGUCGUUUCAACAAUCGAAAUCUCAUAUUCAUUGGCACAUUGACUGCGGUGAUGAAUGCUUUGAUGAAUACCCUUAUAGAUCAUUGCGUAAUCAUCAUAUUGAAACGAUAUCCGAUUCAUCGGAGGAGCAUUGUAAAUCGUCUUGCCUCAAAUCGGUUAAAGGUUGUAGAUCUGCUGAGUAUGACAAGGAUACGGAAAUUUGCUAUAUUUCAAGAGAAACUAAGAAAUCUAAACCCGAUUCAUAUCAGCUAUCGAAAAAUAGAAUCUACUGGGAAAGGAAGCACGUUUGCCAACCGGAAUGCUACUUUACUGAACACAAUAAUAGAUAUUUAUUAGGACAGAAUAAAAAGCAAGCUAAAGUCCAGAAUGAGCUCGAAUGCAAACAAUUAUGUCUAAGAGAGGAGAAAUUUUCAUGUUUGUCGGCAUAUUAUAAUAAGAAGACAAACGUAUGUUAUCUAAGCGAGGAGACACACAAUAGAAAACCUCUAUUAUGGAAAGAAAAUACUCAAUAUAAAUACUGGGAAAAGAUUUGCGCUAGAAAUUAUCCCUGUUUUAAUCAUGUCAACGGAAAAUAUCUCAAAGAAAAAUAUUACUUAUCCAAAUUUGGCCUAACGGAGGAACAAUGUCUAUUCUUGUGUAAGAGAUCUCUUUGCAAAUCUGCAAACUACAAUAGAAAAACCAAAAUGUGCUAUAUAAGCAAAUCAACUAGUAAACAUUAUCCAAAAGCAUUCAACAAUCAUAACAGCUACGUUUAUUUCGAAAAGAAAUCUAGCUGUAAUCCCGAUUGUUAUCAUAAGAGAUAUGCGAAUAGUUAUCUUGUUGGUUCUUACGAACUAGUGAAACAGGUUUCAUCGGAGGAUGAAUGUUUAAAACUGUGUUUAAAUAAGCCUAAUUUGUGCAAAUCGCUUAACUAUCACAAACUACAAAAAAAAUGCUACUUAAGUAGAUACACUUCUUCGCAAAACGCUAAAAAUUUAAAGAACAGUAUCAAUUACAUUUAUUACGAGCAAACAUGUGAAGACGAUUCGAAUCAUUAUAGCUGUUUUACUUCGCACAACAAUCAAUAUUUAAUCGGCUAUAAUAAAAAGAUUCUGAAUAAGCAAACAGAAGAGUCUUGCUUGUAUUCGUGUCUCACCGCCAACUUUAUUUGCAGAUCCGCCGAAUAUUCAAAAACAUCUAAGAAAUGCUAUCUAAGUAUGGAAAGUAGAAAAACAAAACCGAAUCACUACCAUCAUCAUUCUUCCUACAAAUAUUUCAAUAGAAAUGAAGAAUGUUUCAAGAAUUGUCCAGUGCAAACAUUCUUGAAUAGAAUUCUAGAAAAUUGGAAUAUUAUUAAAUUGAAAACGGCGUCAGAUUUAGAAUGUCUUAGCGAAUGUCUAACAACAAGAAGUUGCUCUUCUGUCCAUAGGAAUAUGUGGGUUCUCUCUCAAAAAUCGCCGAGUUCUCUCUAUUCGUCGAAUGCUUCAAAAUAUUAUGAAAUGUUUUACCUCAAACCGGGAUGUGCUAUGGAAGAGUUAAUGUCAGCUCAUCAAACAAUGGUCAGACGUAAUUCAAACAAUUUGCAGCUUGUUAAUGAAUUUAAUAGGGCAUUCGAAAUUGUAAAGAAUGAUAUAUCUAAACAAAAAUCACCCCGCAACAAAAGCAAAAAUUCAAAAUAUUCACAAAAAACCAUGAGUUUUUCUGGUGGAAUCGAUAGUAUGGUCAACAGUCUCGUCGAACAAAGUCUCAAACAAACCGAUAUGAAAAACCUGAAGGGAGCUGGAAAACCCCUAAAGUACGGUUACGAGUCUCCAUACGUUGAUCACAUGACAGCUAAGAUGAAUGAAAUUCUUAUUAAAAAUGAAGCGACAGCUGACUGGAUUGAAAUGAGGAAACGAGCUGUAUCAACUAGAAAAAAUGCAUUAAAAAUUUUAAAGCUUGAAUAUGAAAAUUUUCAAAACGGCGACAUAUCUAAACAAAAUUGGGAGUUAGCAAAGAUUAAGCAUGCAGCAAAAAUUAAAAAAGCUAACGAAUAUAUAAGUCAAAUGAAUAUGCUGGUACCAUCUUUAAGUUUACAAAGGGGCUACUUUGAUUCAGAAAGAGAUAUUAGAAAAGUAACUAAUGAAUAA